AUGUCACGAUUUCUUGGCCUUCGUGGCAAUGGCCUCAACAUUGCCGCUAUUCUUGGCGUCUUGAUGCCGGGGAUCAUGGUAGUCGGCUACAACUCAACGGUACUCGGCGGAGUAUUAUCUUUGGAUAGUUUCGAAAAGCAAUUCCCAGAAAUCAACGUUGAAAUUGCCGACACCCAGUCUUAUGCAUCAGGACUCCAAGGCGUCGCUGUGGCCGCUUUUACAAUAGGCGGGUUUCUCGGGACACUUUCGUGCAUCUGGCUGGGGGACUGGCUUGGGCGUCGGCGUCUCAUGAUGGUAGGAUCGGUUAUCCAAGUCACCGGGACCAUCCUUGCAACCAGCGCCUGCUCCCUUGCACAGCUUAUCGGUGGGCGGAUAAUCAUCGGCUUUGGAGUAGGUGAAAUCUGGGCUACAGUUCCUCUAUGGCUAUCUGAGAUUUCACCCAUCCAAAAGCGUGGAUCCCACGUUGCCACAAAAGGUGUCUUUAGCAGUCUUGGAUGUGCCACAGCCUUGUUCUUGGACUAUGGAAUGUCUUUUACGCAUGAAAGCAUCGCCUGGCGUUUGCCGUUUGGAUUUCCAGUUUUUUUCUCUAUUGUCAUUCUCGGAUUUCUUGCUUUCUUGCCGGAAUCGCCUCGAUGGCUUAUUCGACAAGGGAGAGUCAGCGAGGCUAGAGAAAUUUUAGCAGCACUGGAGAACACCACUAUCGAGGACAAUCUUAUUGAAGCGAGAAUUCUUGAAGUGCAAACCUCGCUGGCACUAUCAGGGAAGGGAAAGCCCCUCAAGCAAAUGUUCUGCAUGGGUCCUCAGAGAACGUUCCACCGAGCUCUUUUAGCUGUUGGUGUUUUGAUACUCGGACAUUUGACAGGUGCUACAGUUACCACCUUUUAUACAACUGCUAUUUUCGAGAACAAUCUAUUGCUAGGUGAAUCAACUUCCAGACUUCUAGCAGCAGUCUACCAGCUGGUCGGUCCUAUUGGUGGUAUUGUCUGUGUCCUCACAAUCGAAUCUUUCGGCCGACGAAAAUUGAUGCUGGCGAGCGCAGUUGGGAACGCCACUUGCCUAGUCUUGCUUGCUAGUCUUGGAUCUAUGCCUGGCAAUCCGUGGGCAACGCACGCUGCUGUCUUCUUUCUGUUUCUUUUCCACUUCACUUACAUUAUUGGUUUCGGAGGCAUCCCAUACCUUUAUACCACAGAAAUUGCGCCUCUACAUAUCCGCACGACAGUGAUCAGCUUGAGCAUGAGCAUCUCGUGGAUGUUUGGCGUUGUCAUCACCAGCGUCACUCCGAUCGCAUUCAACAGCAUGGGGCAGCGAUUUUUCUUCAUCUUUGCGGCGCUCAAUAUGGCAAUGGUACCAGCCAUUUACUACCUUUUUCCUGAGACGUCCGGGCGCAGUCUCGAAGAGAUGGACGAAAUAUUUGCCCUCUCAGAAAGCACCUUCGAAGCUGUCAAAGUCGCCAAACGACUUCCGCGUCGUCACUGCAAAAACUCGACGCUCCGGGAAGCAAUGGUGGAGAUUGCUAUCACUACCAAGAAAGUAUAG